GCCGGCUGCCUGCUCUGCCUCGCCGAGCGUCUCUCAGCCCUUCUGACAUACGCGCUCCCUCUCUCGCCGCCUCUGCCUCUCUCAUUUUUUUGUUUUCCUCGUCCGUCAUUCCACCAAUCCCCCACCCCACCACAUACCUCCCCCACCACCCCCACCUCCUUUCCAGGACAGGAAAAGGAGCGGUAGCAGGGUGCAACGGAAACCGACCACAGUGACAGGGAGGGGAAGUGGGCAGUGACCUGUACGAGAGAGGGUCUGGACAGCUCUGGUUCAACACCGGGUGAGAAAAAGCCACCUCAGAGGACCUCAAACGCCUGGGCGAUAAAGACAUUGUUUUGAGCACGAGACCUUCAAUCCGGCGCGGCUGUCUCAGCGAUUUCCUCCUGGGAGAACUCUGCAGGUUCCUUCGAGAGGAAUCAACCCACACCUCAUCACAGACUUGCCUUGUUUCUGUGGUGGUUUUUUUGUGCUCUGGAGGAGGAUUUGCGCAGAAACCUGGUGAAGAACCGAGCAGGAGACAGAAGUCCCUGCCUGUAACGACGACACCUGCUGCUCUCCUUCAACAUCAGAAGAACCCGCAACGCACAAAGAGGAGAGAGAGUGAGCGUGAGAGCGAGGAGAAGACCCGCAGUGGAGGCGGCUUCACUCCCCGUUGAGCAGCCGACCACCUACCAGCCGCUAAUCUCAUCAGCAACCUGCCGCGUUCACAAAGUACCACCGCAGCACUUCCAAGGACCCGGGCUUCAUUUCUUGCCAAAAUACAACAUCUGAGUCUGCUCGGCCUGGACCAUCUGUCCCUGUGAUGAUGGCUCGGCUCCUGCUGUGGACUCUUGGGCUCAUGGCAAUUAUGUCCGUGGCUCUCGCUGUUGCUGUAGAUUUUGUCCUUCCCGUGGCGGAAGGCCACCAUGAGAUCGUGAAGAAGGAGUCUCAUCCUAUCCUCUCCAGGCAGAAGAGGGAUUGGAUCUGGAACGCUCUCUACGUGGAAGAGGAGAAACCGGCACCCGUCGCCUACAGGAUCGGAAAGCUGAAGUCGAGCAAGACUGUGGAUGUGAAGAAGUUUGAAAUAAGUGGCGAAGGAGCAAACAGGAUCUUCUUCGUGGAUUCCAAAGGAGACCUGUUUGUCAACCAAACUCUGGAUCGAGAGAAGAACAGCAUGUACAAACUAACUGCCAAAAUGUUUGAUGGGAACGGCGAGUUAAUAGAGGAUUCUGGAGACUUUGUUGUCCAGGUGACAGAUAUCAAUGACAACAUCCCAGUUUUCCCCCGAACAUACAAUGGAUCCAUUAUGGAGCGGUCCCCGAUAGGCACUGAAGUAGUUGAGGUGAAGGCAACCGAUGCGGAUGACAACACUACGGCCAACGGAGACCUCCGAUACUCUCUGACCCAACGCGAAGACUUUGCCGCCUUCGAUAUCGACAGCAUCAAAGGUGUGAUCAGCUCCAGGACGAAUACUCUGGACCGGGAAACCAAGAGCCAGUAUGUAGUGGUGGUUAAAGCCCAGGACAUGAGAGGAAUGCCCUCUGGCAGCACAUCCACCACCUCCGUCACCAUCACCGUCGGAGACACCAACGACAACCAUGCUUCUUUCACCCAAAGGACGUAUGAGCUGAACGUUCGGGAGGACCACAAGUUGAACGAGAAGAUAGGCACUCUGCAGGUGGACGACAGGGAUGAGAUUCGGAACAAAGUGCCUGUCUUCUCCAUUCCAGAUAAAAAAACACCUUGGAUCUUCGGCGUUGAAGUCAGCAAGCCCAACAAAGAUGGUGACCUCGUGCUCAAACAGGCUCUGGACUACGAGACAAUGAGCAGCUACACCUUCAACGUCAAGCUGCAUGAAAGCCUGGAUGUCACGGACGUGGUGAACAGCGCCACCACCACCGCCAGGGUGACCAUCAACGUGCUGGACGUAGACGAGGCGCCGGUGUUCAACAAGCCCGUCUACACCUUCGACGUGGCGGAGGAGCGCGACGUGAGAUACAUAGGAGCCGUCUCGGCCAGGGACCCCGACAAGGCCAAAAAGAGGAUCGAAUACUCCAUCUUAGACCCCAACUGCCCCAUCCGCAUCCACCAGGAAACCGGUCAGCUGUCCACCCGCAGGAAGCUGGACCGAGAGCUGGAGGCCAAACACGUGGUCGAAGUUAGAGCGCGGGAGGGCUCCGACGGUUUGGAGUCUUCAGUGAAAGUGGAAAUCACGGUUCUGGACAUCAACGACAACAAGCCCGAGCUGAUUGUGGACGACAUCUUCGUGUGUGAGAACGACCCCACUGGCACGGUGAUCGGAACCCUGCGAGCCGCAGACAAAGACGACCAGCCGGCCUCCUUCAGCUUCAGCGUGCAGAGCUCCAACUUCUCCGUCAGGAGCCGCGGCAACGGCACGUCCGACCUCACGGUGAAACAAGGCCCGUUCAGCCUGGACGACCCGGCGGAUUACAGCGUGGACGUGCACAUCAGCGACGGCGGGCAGCCCGCCCAGACCAGCGUCACCAAGCUGGCAAUCAAGUCGUGUCGGUGUGACGCCCGGCGGAUUCCCACGCAGUGCAAAGCCGGCGCCCGGAGGAUGGGAGUGAGCGUGCACGCCCUGAUAGCCAUCCUGCUCUGCAUACUGACCAUACUGGUCAUCGUGAUCCUGUUUGUGAUGAGGAAACGCUACCAGAAGGACUCCCUCUCCAACCUGAAGAACAGCGGCGAGAUUCACGAGCAGCUGGUCACGUACGACGAGGAGGGAGGAGGAGAGAUGGACACUAACGGCUACGACGUCUCCAUCCUCUCCUCCGCCUGCCAGGGCGGCUCCCUGCUCCGUCACCCGGACCAGCCCCACCCGUCUCUCUACGCCAUGGUGCAGAAGCCCCACCACCACGCGCCGCCCACCGCCCGCAAGGGCGACAUGGCCGUGAUGAUCGAGGUGAAGAAGGACGAGGCGGAUCACGACCGCGACGGCUUCCCGUACGACACCCUGCACAUCUACGGCUACGAGGGCCCCGAGUCUUUGGCCGGGAGCCUCAGCUCUCUGGGGAGCUCCUCCACGGGCUCCAACCUGGACUACGACUUCCUCAACGAGUGGGGCCCGAGGUUCAGGACCCUGGCCGAGCUGUACGGCGUGGAUGCCCCCGACUACUACCAUCAGUACUGAUGGAGACCGCCUGCUGAUGAGCGUGUAGGAUGCCAAAAUACACAAACACACACACACACACACACACACACACACGCACUGCAAAGAGCCAUAAAGACACACUCACACUUAUCCAAGCGCACGGAGGAGAUCACACGCUUCCGUUUGGUUUUCUGGAGAGCUCUUAUUCUAACGACAGGCCCGUCGUCUGCACCCGAGGAGACGUUGGACAGGUUUCUCUAAAGUAACACCGGAGCACGACGCCGUCUGCCGCACCGAUGUGCGAGGAGGUCGAUUCCUGAGGACGGCGCAAGAUCCACGCCGCGAAAAAUGCGUUUUUUAGCGAUUUCCGUCACAGUGCUGAGUGACGGGCGAAGUGCGGAUGGAUGAUGGGUCACUGCUGACCACGUGUAGAAAUCCUUUACGUUUGAAUUCAGUUCAUGAGUCAAAGCAGCAUUUUGAAUCCCCGUAUUAACACCAUUAACUUUACCGCGGAUAAAGUUUCGUGUUAUGUCUCUUAAAACGUGUCAUCUGUAUGCACCUAUGUCACGGAAACACACACCUACAAAUGAUGUAUAUUUCUUCAGCUAUGGCAUAAUCUAGAUUUGGAAACGUACGCGUAGUCUUAUCAAAUCAAAUGUUUACAUCCACUCGUCUUGAUAUCUCGUUUAUGUGUAUCGGCUAACACGCCUUUUUUUAUUAUCAAUGGAAGUUCUUUUUUUUAACUACUGGGGAAGCAAAGUGGCACAUUUUAAAACAGCUCUUGGUUGAUUUGAGAUUUCUCAGCUUAUUUUUUUUCCGUCCUCUGUUUUUCUUUCAUAUUAACGGCCUGUUUGAACUUGUUUCCUUGACAAAAGAGCCAUAAGCGGGAUUUCAUUUUUGUUCUGAGGUUGAUUUGAUUUGUAAAUAAGAUCUUCAGGGUGUUUGAGGGGAAAAUCUGAGAAGCUGCAAGAGUUUUAACUCGAAGCAGUUUGAUCACAGAGAAAUGCUUCAGCUAAAAUACUGAAAAGAGUCUUUCAGGAAAGUUCACGUCUGGAAAACGCGUAGCAGAACCUCAGGUGUUGGCCGCCUGGAAGACGUUUAGAAAGCUGCACCAAAGGUUCCUGAUAUUUAGCACUAAGGCAGUUUUUUCACGGUAGAAACCCUGUUUUUGGUUCCUGAAACCGACCAUCACAUCACCGCCGAGCCAUUUUUCUAAGUGGGUAAUUUUGUCCAUUUUCUCAUUUAUCUUCCGCUCCGAGGAGAAAAAAAGAGAAACCGGACUGACUGAAAGGAAACGGCACUAACGCCGCGCCGACAGAAUUACAGCAUGUUCCCAGGUUUUAUUUGACAGAAGUUUUCAUCACAGUAAUUCUCAGCGGGCCACUAGAACAAAAGUCAUUCAGACAACUCAGGAAACGCGGAGCGGCGAAAGUGGCCAGCCGGGCCGCUGUGAUGACCACGAGGUGGCUCGAACAACUUUAACCUCCCAUCCUCUGGGGCUACUGUCAAAAAGGCCCCGUGGUUUUAAUCUGGCGUCGUUACAAGCAGCGCUGUUGCUCAUUCAGAUCCCCUCGACCGGGCCGGAGAGGCUUAAUUCACUGGAGUCUGUGUCGAUUCCAACGGGGAAGCAUUUUACUCGAUCGAUACGGGAAGUCUACUCGUUUUAACUGUCCGGACGCAGUGCCUCAAACAAGCUGAACAUGGACGCAUGCUAUACUAUUAUUGUCAAUGAAAUGAUCUGCCUGUUUGUAGAUGAAGGCUCAAACCAGUUAUUGUUUAAUCUGUUCGUUUGAUUGUUGAUGCGAUGAGGCCAUUGAGCCCGAGAUGCCUUUUGUUUGGUGACCAAAAAUGAAUCAAGAUAUUACAUCCGCAUUAACAAAAAAACGAAAUAAGCAGCACAACUGGCGUUUAUUUAAGAAGCUGAACACCAGCAACAUGUUUGUCAAAUUGAACCUGAGAAGAGGCCCAUCAGCAAAAUGGGUUUCAGGUCAUCUCAACUGUGUGUCAUUGAUUACAAUCAUCUCCUUAAUUCAUUGGUUGUUGCUGCCAAUUCCAAUGGAAGAAACCAUCGAUCGGGUCAUUUUUAAUCCUCCGGUAAUUUCCGGUAUAUGUUGGAUAUUUGAAGGAGAAACUGCGCUCAUUGGCUGUUGGAACCCUGGUUAUCAGAGACUCAGCAGCAUUUAAACAAUGCUGACAGAUUUUUGGGAUCUUCGCGCAAAUAAAGGUUCUUCAGGUCAAUUGUUCAAGAAAAGUUCAAAGUUCAAAGCAGCAAUCGACAAAUCUUUUUCCCCAUCCCGUUAACACGGUCCAACCGACAAGACAACAUUCAUGUGUCUUAAAAACCAUAGCAUUUUCAUUCCAUUCAAGAGGUUUAUUUACUCUCCCGUUUAUCUGUUUUGUUUGGACUUGAAGUUGUUUCUUUAAAGCUCCUUUGAAUGCCGCUGGACACAAUAGCUGGAAGCCUCCUCAGCGCUUUCCUGUUGCCUUCAAAUACACAUAAACUUAUGAAUAAACUCGCUCUCGGCCUCCC